UAAGAUUUCCAUUCUACCUCUUCAGGCUCUCAAACCCAGCAGUUGGUUUCUAGUUGAAUUGGUCUCUGGUGUUUCCAGCAGAGUGACAUCAUGGCGUCUGCAGCAUCAGAUGAUCUGCUGCCUCUGAAACGCAUUAGCAGCAAUACGUUCCUGCCUCCUCACAUGUCUGAGCUGAGGGUUGUUCUGCUGGGGAACAGCUGGUCUGAGAGGAGUUCAGUGGGGAACUUCAUACUGGGAGAGACUAAGUUCAACACUGAGGAAGAACCAGACGACUGUCUGAGAGAAAGAGGACGGUUAAAGGAGAAAGAAAUAGUUCUCAUCAACACCCCAGAUCUGCUGCAUCCCAACAUCUCUCAACACAAACUGACAGAACAUGUGACAAACUGUGUGAGACUCUCUGAUCCUGGACCUCAUGUGUUCCUGCUGGUUCUACAGCCUGAAGACUUCACUGAGGAACACAAACUGAGGCUCUGCAGAGUCCUGGAACUCUUCAGUGAUCGAUCAUUUGAUCAUUCACUGGUUCUGAUAUCAACACCCAGAGAGGAGAGUCCAGGUUUAAUGGAAAAAUACAUGGAACAGCCUCCAUUAAAAGACCUGAUCAGAAAAUGUAGACACAGAUACCUGAAGCAGAAGAACCUCGAACUUCCAGAGCUGUUAACACGCUUGGAUCAAAUCGUAAAGGAGAACAAUGGAGAGCAUGUCAGCUGUGAUGUGUUUGAGGACACAACAGCUUCUUUACCAGGGUUGUAUGGUGCAAAAAUCCCUGAACAACUCUCACUAUCAGAGAAAACCCCAAAGACUCACACAUCUGGAUUUAGGAUUGUGCUGCUGGGAAAAUGUGACGACAAAAAGACAGUGAGAGAAGAGAUGAGGAAGUGCAUCAGUCUUUGUCCUCCUGGACCAAAUGUUCUGCUGCUGUUAUUGAAGCCUUCUGAUUUCACUGAGGAGAACAGACAAACACUGAAGUUCAUCCUGAGUUUGUUUGGUCAAGAUGCUUUUAAACACUCAAUGGUCAUCGUGACACAUGAUGGAACAAGUGACUCUGUCAGCCAGCUCCUUGAAGACUGUGGAGGAAGACACUACAGGAUGGUAGAAGAAGACCAUGGACAGCUGAUGGAGAAGAUUGAGAACAUUGUGCAUGAAAACAAAGGAACCUUCCUCACCUUCACUGAAGAGACCAUCAGACCAAAGUCUGAACACAUCAAACCAGCUUUAAACCUGGUUCUGUGUGGGAGGAGAGGAGCAGGAAAGACUUCAGCAGCCAAGGCCAUUUUAGGUCAGACAGAGUUUCAUUCAGUCUCCAACUCAUCAGAGUGUGUUAAACAUCAGGGAGAGGUGUGUGGACGUUGGGUUUCCCUGGUGGAGCUGCCUGCCUUGUAUGGAAAACCUCAGGAGGCAGUGAUGGAGGAAUCACUCAGGUGUAUCUCCCUCUGUGAUCCUGAGGGCGUCCAUGUCUUCAUCCUGGUCCUACCUGUGGGUCCCCUCACUGAUGAAGACAAGGGAGAGUUAAAGACCAUCCAGAACACAUUCAGCUCUCGAGUCAAUGACUUCACCAUGAUUCUGUUCACUGUGGAGUCAGAUCCUGCAGCUCCAGCUGUUGUUAACUUUGUAAAGGAAAACAAGGACAUCCAGGAGCUCCGUCAGAGCUGUGGAGGAAGAGAUGUUGUUCUCAACAUCAAGGACGAGCAGCAGAUCCCAGAGCUGUUGGACAUGGUGGACAAGAUGAGACAAUCUGAAAAUAAACCAUCCUGCUAUACAGCUGUAACAUUUGCACGUGCACAAAUGGAAAAGGUCAUACAACAAGAGAAAAACAUCAUCAAACUACAGGCUGAACUGAAGGACCUGAAAACAAACAGCAGAGGUGAUGAUGAGGAGCAGAGCCCAGAGAGUCUCAGGAUUGUGCUGAUAGGGAAGACUGGCUGUGGAAAGAGCUCUACAGGAAACACCAUUCUAGGAAGAAAAGAGUUUGAGGCCAAAUCAAGUCAAAAUUCAGUCACCAAACUUUGUCAGAAAGCACAGAGUGAAGUGGACGGUCGUCCGGUCGUUGUGGUCGACACUCCUGGUCUGUUUGACACAACUUUGUCCCAUGAAGAAGUUAAUGAGGAGAUGGUGAAAUGCAUCAGUCUUCUGGCUCCAGGACCACAUGUCUUCCUGUUGGUGUUACAGAUCGGCAGAUUUACACAAGAGGAGAAGGAGACAUUAAAACUCAUCAAGAAAGCCUUUGGGAAGAAUGCUGAAAAGUUCACCAUCAUUCUUUUAACUGGAGGAGAUACACUAAAGCGUGAGAAGCGAACCAUUGAAGAAUAUAUUGAACAGGACUGUGAUGCUUCCUUUAAGAAGCUGAUCUCUGACUGUGGAGGAAGAUACCAUGUGUUUAAUAACUAUGAUCAAAACCGCACACAAGUCAGUGAGCUGAUAACCAAGAUUGACACCAUGGUGAAGGAAAAUGGAGGCAGCUGCUACACCAAUGAGAUGCUGCAAGAGGCCGAGGCAGCUAUAAAGAAAGAAAUGGAGAGAAUCCUGAAGGAGAAGGAAGAAGAGAUGAAGAGAGAGAGGGAGGAGCUUCAAAGAAAACAUGAGGAGGAAAUGAAAGAGAUGAAAAGAAGAAUGGAAGAACAGAGAGCAGAAACUGAAAAGGAGAGAAAACUGAGAGAAAAACAACUUAAAGAAAAGGAGGAGAAGAUAAAGAAGGAACGUGAGGAGAGAAAGAAAGAACAGGAAAUGAGAGAAGAAGAAGACAGGAAGAGAAAACAACAGGAAGAAAUUCAACGACAGGAGUGGAAACGAAAGUUUGAAGCUUUGGAGCAAAAUAUAAGAUCAGAAUCAGAAUCAAAGGAAAUGAUUUACAGAAAGCUGAAGGAGAGCAGAGAAGAGAUGAGAAAAGAACGAGAGAACUGGGAGAAAACACAAAAUGAAUGGUGGGAAAAACGAAAACAAGAAGACGAACAGAAACGACAGGAGGAAGAAAGAAGACUUAGAAAGCUUCAAGAAGAAUACGAACAGGAAAAAGAAAAUUAUGAAAAGAAAGGAAGAGAACAGACAGCAGAAACUGAAAAAGAGAGAAAACUGAGAGAAAAAGAACUUAAAGAAAAGGAAGAAAAAAUAAAUAAGGAACGUGAGGAGAGAAAGAAAGAACAGGAAAUGAGAGAAGAAGAAGACAGGAAGAGAAAACAACAGGAAGAAAUUAAACGACAGGAGUGGAAACGAAAGUUUGAAGCUUUGGAGCAAAAUAUAAGAUCAGAGUCAGAAUCAAAGGAAAUGAUUGACAGAAAGCUGAAGGAGAGCAGAGAAGAGAUGAAAAAAGAACGAGAGAACUGGGAGAAAACACAAAAUGAAUGGUGGGAAAAACAAAAACAAGAAGACGAACGGAGACGACAGGAGGAACAAAAAAGACUUAGAAAGCUUCAAGAAGAAUACGAACAGGAAAGAGAAAAUGAUGAAAAGAAAAGAAAUGAAGAGGACAGAAUCAGAAGAGAACAAGAGGAAAAAGAGAAAAAGGACAUUGAGGAGAAACAUAAGAAAGAAAAGGAGGAACAGAAGAAGAAAUAUGAAGAGGAGGCCAGACAGAAAGCUGAGGAGUUUAAUGAAUUCAAAGAGAAAUACAACGAAAAGUUUGCAGCUCAGAAGAAACAGCAUGAGGAAGAAAUUUGUGUUUUAGUAAAAUCUGUCAUCAAAGACAGAACAAAUUUGGAAAUAAUCCACAAGUUAAUGAAAACACAUGAAGAACAAAUGAAGAAAGAGACAAAUGAGGAGAAAAAGAAAACUCUGCAGGAAACACAUGAAAAAGAACUAAGUGCCUCGAUAAAGAAACUUUUGAAAAAAGAAUCACGGUGUUUUAUUUCAUGAGGAUUUGUUUCAUGUAAACGUCUCAUCAGCAGUUUCAGAUAUUUUUCCUUUUUUCUGUUUUCAUUUGUUCCAAUAACUGAAAGUUUAACGAAUAAGAUAUUUGACUGUGAUAUUUAGCAGUGGACGACACUGUGAUGCAGACCAUGGCCACAGAAAUACUUCUCAUUGGCUGUCAGGGUCCAGCCUAUUAACUACAGGUUACCAUAGCAACGAAACUAGCGUUUUCUGAAUUAAUUUGACUGAAAUGAUUUUUCUGAGUGGUGAAACCUUGUGAAGAAUAUACAGCUCAUUCUCAUUCCCAGAGCAUUAAAUAGCUACACUUUUUAGGGCCCUAUGGAAUACUUCUUAUUUUUUUGGAUUUCUGUGUUUUACAAUAUAAACAUAUUUUAUCAUCAUAAAGAGUGUAUAAUGAAAACUGUUUCAACAGCUCAAUAAAUGAUUUAUGGGGACAAUUCACAAUGGAUGUACUGUUGCAGUACUUGUACUGUGAAUUGUCCAAUAUUAAAAAGCUUAUUACUUGAGUACAGCCUUUAUACGCUGCUCGACAUCGCUGUUUAUUUUUUACGUUUUAUAUUUUAUUUUAAUGGAAUAUCUGAGUCAUCCACUGACAGAGAGCAGAGGAAAGAAGCAGGCUGCUCGUAAAUUGUGUUGUGCGAGACCACUUAUUUCCUACACUAUCAAAUAGCAAGAAAUACCCAGGCUGUUGAUGCUGAUACCAAUACUUUUUACAUAUUUUAUUUCUAGUUUAAUGCGAUCUCCCUGUCAUAUUCUUUAAGUAUAAUAAAAAUAUCCUGCUCAGAACUGCCGCUUCAUAACAUCAAAAUAUUAUUUUGACUUGAUCUCAGAUGUUUAGCAAAGUUUGCGGUGUUGCCAAAGUAUUUCACAGUUUUUGCACACACAUUCACUGUGUUUUCUGUAAAGUUUAUAUAAUAUAUUAGAGAUAUUAGAGUCAUUUGCAACUUUUUCACCUCUAAUAAGUUGAGGGUUGUAAAAAAGAGUGGGCACAGUGAGCUGCUGUUUCAGCCUGCACCUUUUCAGUCUGUAGAAAAUCUUUCUGCUCUGUUGGUUUUCUUUUCUUCUGUUAAAACUCUUUUGUUGGGAAUAAUUGUUUUUGCUGUUUGUUUCUUUUCUUUUGUCCUAAUAGUUUGUGUAAUUAUUUGCUGAUAAAAACAGACAGCAGCUUAGUAAAGAAAGACUUCAGCAGCUGAAGCUCUGCUCGCUCAUUACAGAUGAUCUUUGUUUUCUUUUGAAUAUGAGAAAGAACAUGAUGUUUGUGCUGGAAGUGAAAUGAAAUGUUUAGAUGUCAUUCACCCUGUUUUCUCUGCAAAUCACAAAUAUCACAGCAAAUAUGAAACAUUAAACAGCUUGAAGAUCAUUUAAACUGCUGAUCUGAUCAAUCAGAAAUAUGCAGAAUGACAUUAUAGACGAUGAACGCUCUGAUGUUUCUUUGUUUUGUUCCAUGUCAGAUAAGACUGGAUGCUUUAUAACUGAUGACAUCAACCUAAGACAGAAUUCAGAUCAAUCUUUAAUACCAUGUUCUGUAUUUAAUCUUUGCUUUCUUUGUUUGUGCUUCUAAAAGAUGAAUAAAGUGUUUCCCUGUA